AUAAUCUUUCAAGUCCAAAUGUGCUUCCCUCAUCCCUUUUAUCUUCCCGUGAAUUAUAAUUUCAUUUGAGACGUUUGUUCAAAUACAUUUAUAAUUUUAUUUAUUUAUUUAUUGGAAUUGUAUUAUGCCACAUUUGUCUCAUUUUUGCCUCAGCAGUGGCUCUUCCCCCAGUCCUUCACCUUUGUCUACUUUCUGUAAAAAAAUAAGACAUUAGGUAAAUGAUAAGGAAGGAAAUUAAUGCAUGGGAGACCAUACUUUCCAUGCACAGUAAUAUAGUUGUGCUAUAUUAGUCCCAGCUGUACACAUUGAACUCCAGAGAAGGAACAGGCCACAACUGACAAGAGUUGUCACUGCAAAAGUAUACUGCUAGACAUUUCAAGACAUACAGAGUGCAUAGCAAAAGUAAUCUGUUUAAAUGAUUUGAAUUUUAGUGAAAUUUUUGGCUGAUGUUUGCAAAUACCACUUACACCUUGUAUACUGAGUUUAUGAUUCAUGACCCAAGAAUUUAGAGCAUUCUAGAUCCAAUGGGAAAUUUCCUAACAGACAUCUGUCUUUUCCAGUAGUUGAUAAACUGAAUAAUAUACUAUAAAGCCCAUGAGAUAAAUAAGCCUGAUGUUUCCUAGCAAAUAGUAUUUGGAGGCAGGUUUGUAUCUUACUUAUUGUAUAAUUGAAGCGGAGAUACACUCUGGCAAGAAAAACACAAUAGUAUAGAAACAUUUUAUACCAUUUUUCAAAAUCCUAAACCAGCUGCUGCCCCUCAUGUCAAGCCAAGACUUUCUGCUGUUUGACAUGAAGAUUUAAGCCUUUGCAAUGGGACUGAUGACUCCAUGUAUCUUUUGUUGCUGCGAGUUAAGCCCUCCUCCAGUGCAAUGCUUCUGGACACCCACAGGAGUAUUGCCGUCUCCUUCUAGGUCCCUGCCCCACCUUUUUACAUUGAAGAAGUUUCAAACCAAACAAAUGCAACGGUGGCCAAGUGCAAGCAAAGUUUCCAGCAUCAUCUUGAUUUGCAAGAACAGGUCUGGGCUACCAGUCGGCCCAAUACUCUUAAAAGGUGGUUUUUGGAAUGGUGUCUUUGCAAGGCGCAAGGAGGAUCAAGCAGAAUGCUGAUAAAGCAUUAUUUUGAAUCUGCUUACGGGCUUCUGGCAGCCAUUUUAUGAAGAGGCAGCCCCCCCCCCCAACCUCCAGCCAUUUUGCAAGGACGCCCCCACUACUACAUUAACAACAAUCCCCAGCACUGCAGACAUCCGCGUGCUUCCUCCCGGCCGCAGGGCAUCAGCCCGAGUCGCUGCGCGUCAAAACACGGGAAGGCGUCCCGCGCGGGGACGAUAUCCGCAGACCGAAGCGAGAAAAGUGACUGGCGAAUAAGCCUCGUUCGACUCUACGACUUCGGAAUCGGAUCUUCGGCGCUGUUCCCGCCUUGCCCUUCGCAGCCGCCCGCAGUUCCCGCCCCGGGAGGAGGCGGAGAAGGAGACCAAGGUCAGGCGAGCCUUCCGCGGGCUCCCCUCUCCCUUGCUGGCUUCCAGGGCGCCGGGAGGAGCGGUGCCGGCCGCCAUGAGCGAGCCUCGCGGCUCUUGCCCUGGAUCGUACGGGACGGUGAGGCCGGAAAGCAGCGAGGAGUUGCCCAGAGAUGGACUUGAAAAUGACUUAAAAUCAAAUGAGGAACCUCUCUUAAGGAAGAAUCCCCAUCGAUUUGUCAUCUUUCCAAUCCAGUACCCCGAUAUAUGGAAAAUGUACAAGCAGGCUCAAGCUUCUUUCUGGACGGUAGAAGAGGUUGACUUGUCAAAGGAUCUUACUCAUUGGAACAACCUAAAACCAGAAGAGAAAUAUUUUAUUUCGCAUAUCCUAGCUUUUUUUGCUGCCAGUGAUGGAAUUGUCAAUGAAAACUUGGUAGAACGUUUUAGCCAAGAAGUGCAGAUCCCAGAAGCUCGCUGUUUCUAUGGCUUCCAGAUAUCAAUAGAAAACGUUCAUUCUGAGAUGUACAGUUUGUUAAUAGACACUUACAUCAAAGAUCCCGAGAAAAGGGACUUUUUAUUUAAUGCUAUUGAAACAAUGCCAUGUGUCAGGAAGAAAGCAGAUUGGGCAAUGAGGUGGAUAACAGACAGAGAAGCCACUUUUGGUGAAAGAGUGAUUGCGUUUGCUGCUGUCGAAGGAAUCUUCUUUUCUGGUGCUUUUGCAGCCAUAUUUUGGCUCAAGAAGAGAGGGUUAAUGCCAGGCCUUACUUUCUCCAACGAACUUAUUAGCAGAGAUGAAGGGCUCCACUGCGACUUUGCUUGCCUGAUGUUUCAGCAUUUAGUGAAUAAACCUUUGGAGGGAAGGGUGAAAGAGAUCAUUGUCAAUGCAGUUGAAAUUGAAAAGGAGUUUUUGACAGAGGCCUUACCUGUGGGAUUGAUUGGAAUGAAUUGUAUUCUGAUGAAACAGUAUAUUGAAUUUGUGGCUGAUAGGCUACUCCUGGAACUGGGCUUCCCUAAGGUCUUUCAAGCAGAAAACCCUUUUGACUUCAUGGAGAACAUUUCCCUGGAAGGAAAAACCAAUUUCUUUGAGAGGAGGGUUUCAGAAUAUCAACAUUUUGCAGUUAUGUCCCAAGCAAAUAAUAAAGUAUUUACUUUAGAUGCUGAUUUUUGAUGCUGCCUACUUGGAAGAUUGACAAAGCCAAACUAUGCAUUCAUCCUCAGUGAUGACAAGAAACCUCUUACAAUCCAAGUAGGGUAUUCUUGGAAUAUUUUAUUAACUAUUAAUAGUUGGUAGAAAAGUUUCUACAAAUAGGUUACAAGUUGUGUGAAUAUAUACACUCUUAAUAACAAUUCAUCUGUAAUAUCAUGCAACUUUUCUAAAACUAUAUUGUGACAGUCAGGUUGAAGUUUAGCUGCUGAUCUUUUUGAUCAAAUCCAAUCCUAUCAUUAGAGUGGAAAGCUUUUAUGAUGAUGAGAAUGAUUACACUAUAAAACAUUUCUUCUUACCUCUGUUCUUGAGCUGAGAUGAAAGACAUGCUCUUUUGUCUUAAAGGGAUGUUCUAGCAUAAAGUCUUGGAUAGGAGAUUAUCAGAGAAACUUAAGACUGCAAACUAGAUUCGAAAAACAUCCUAGGCAAUGGAAAACCACCUCUGCAUUGUUUCAAGGACCACAAUAUGGACAUAGCCACGCAAUCGGCAGGUAUCAAAAUGGACUUGGUGGAGAUUUUGCUUUUACGUAAGAGAAAACUGUACUUGGGAAAAUGAAGAGGAUGACAUAAGCACUUUAUAAUCUUUUAUCAUUCAUUUUGGUUAGCCAAAUCAGCACAAUGUCUGAAGUUCAUGUGUUUGGGAAGGAUUUUUCAUUUGGCCCCAAAACUUCAUUUUGGCUGUAAACUUGAUUGGAGGAACCCACAUAACAUAACACUGAUCACCUUACAUAAAGCUUUGGCUUAUUCAGCAUGAUGAACCAAGAUAGCUUGUCCUUGUUAUACAAACAUAGCUAUUUUCUCAACAAAUCAGUGCUUAAAGUAAUGUGUUUAUGUCACAUACUGAUCCAAAAACUAUUCAGAGCAUUUUAAGUUAGUGUAUUGCCUGAAUCCAGACUAUUAUUAGUUUUUGUCAUGCAAACUUAGAAAAUUGGGGUAAUUUAAUAAUUUAUGCAUAAUGAUAUCAUAUGAACUUAGCUUUGAUGUAUGUAGUAGGAUAAAAUUUAAAUAACUUUAUUUAGAAUGUGAAUGGUGAAGAACAGAUAACUUGGCUACCGAAGUAUAUUUUAAAAAGAGAAAAACAAUAUAGAGGUAAUUGACAAAACUGAAGCUGCUUUUGUGAAAUAUCAGAGCUAAUGUUUAUGUGGGAAAAGCAGUUUUGUCAAGCUUUCUCCAUGAGCAUCCAGUAAAGAAGGCUGAGUAAGGCAGAGAUAAUUCAACAAUUUUCCGGAUAUCAUUGUUUUUUCUUCUGGAAGUUUGCACUAGUAACUUCCAGAUAUCUUGGAUUUCAACCCCCAUAAUCUCUGGGUUAUGAAACAGUUUUGUUCAUAACUGGUCCAGUCCAAAUAGAAGCAUAGUUUAAGGAUGAAAUA